AUGUUGACCUCCUCAAACAACAGCUCCUACUCCUCCAGCGUCUCCUCGGAGCCCAACUCCCCACAUCAACCACUCCCGGCCCGCCGAUCCCCCAUGGCAGUCAAAUACCCCCGGUUCUACUCCUCCCCAAUAGACUCAUACACCGAUUCAACCCCUCUGGAAGUCUACGGCCUGGAACAAAGAGAACCCUCCAUCUACGGCAAACCGCCCAAACUCCUCCGCCGCGUUUCCCACGCCCUAGGCGACAUCCGCGAAGACUUCUCACUAGACACAGAGAAGCUUAAGCGCCGCUCAACAAUCUUCUUUGCUCCCGUCUCACCCUCCGAAGCACCACCCACUACAUCUGACGGACCCCGUUCGCGCCCAAUGUCCAUCAUCUCCGACAACUGGUCCGCACCCACGAGGGGACUGAGCCAGCGCAUUUCAAGGCGGUUGUCUGUUUUCUCGUCUCGGGGCAAACCCACUGGGCCCAAGGGCGCGAGUAUUUCUUCGCCCAAUCUGCUUGGGACUUCUACUCAGUAUGGAAAUGGGAGCCAGGCUUCGUUUAUCUAG